GGGUUAUCUUGAUCGAUAAGAAGUUUAUUCAUACAAUCCAAGUGUUUAUUUGGCCUCUGAAUCACAUUUGACGUUCACGGAGCUCCGCGAACAUCCCUCCCUCGGUCGGUCGGAUCCGCUACCCUGGCGCCAUUUUUAAAAGGCGUACAUACAUUCAAAUAUUAGACGGAAAGGUUAAAGGAAUAUGUUAACGAAAAUGAUUGAAGAGAAUGGAUGGUUUGAAUAUUAUCACACUUUUAUGCAUUGCAACAAUGCAAAUACCAAGUUCAUUCGUAUAUCAAUGUGAAACGGCAUAAUUGUACGGCUGAUGUAAUAAUGAAUUAUGCAUUUCGGCGGAUGCCGAAACAGGUGAAUCACUGAACAAUGCUAAUUUUGAAACGAUGCCAUCGGUUUACUGGAGUCGUCGGUCUGCUGUCACGCAGCGCGUGGCCCAAUCACGCGGUAUUAAAUUGCCCUGUUACGAAUCUUUACUCUGGCAUAGAGGUUCGUACUUUAUCCAUACUACAUAAUAGACAUAACAACGUGGAUCUCAGUGCGCGAACAACUGUACACUCUCUGUUAAGGACGGAGAAUACACUAAAACAUGUCAAGUUAGCAGAUUUCCAGCAAAGUAGGUUCCUGGGCUUUGCCGCUAAGCUAGUCAAUAAUGCCUCGCCCAAAGUACAACCAUACAUGAAGCUUAUGAGGAUGGACAAACCAAUAGGAAGCUGGUUAUUAUUUUGGCCUUGUGGAUGGAGCAUCGCCAUGGCAGCUCCUGCUGCUUGCCUGCCAGAUCUUCACAUGUUAGCGCUUUUUGGCACAGGCGCGUUUAUAAUGCGCGGUGCUGGAUGCACGAUAAACGAUAUGUGGGAUCAGGACAUCGACAAGAUGGUAGCCAGAACAAGAGACAGACCCCUGGUAACCGGUCAGAUAAGGCCAGAACAAUCGUUAAUGUUUCUAGCUGCACAGUUGAGCCUAGGGUUGCUAAUAUUGUUGCAACUGAAUUGGUACAGUAUAUUUCUCGGUGCCAGUUCAUUAGGUCUAGUGAUAAUUUAUCCUCUCAUGAAAAGAAUAACGUACUGGCCGCAAUUUAUCCUAGGAAUGACCUUUAAUUGGGGCGCAUUAUUAGGAUGGUCGGCUAUACACGGAUCAUGCAACUGGUCCGUUUGCUUGCCACUUUACACAGCCGGUAUUUGUUGGACCAUUCUUUAUGACACGAUAUACGCUCAUCAAGAUAAAGUGGAUGAUAUUCUAUUGGGGAUGAAAUCAACCGCGAUAAAAUUCGGGGACGACACGAAGCUGUAUCUGUCUGGGUUUGGAACGGUAAUGAUCACGAACUUAAUCGCCUGUGGCGUAAUAACCGCGCAAACUUGGUGUUACUACGUCGCGGUUGGAUUAAUUGGCACACAUAUUGGCAACCAGAUAUAUACUUUGAAUAUCAAUAAUCCUACGGAUUGCGCAAGGAAAUUCAUAUCUAAUCACAGUGUGGGCAUGUUACUGUUUGCUGGUAUCGUAUUAGGAAACUUGAUAAAGAAAAAGUCAUCUGUGGAAGAGGAGAACAAUGCUGAAGAGGAAAGGAAGCAGGCUGUUUUACUAGAACCAAAAAUAGAUAAGAUUUAUGAUUAAGUAGAAUUAAUAAAUAGCGUUUUUGAAUUGCUGCAAGAGUAGAUGGACAAAAACUAUAUUAGCAAUUAUUACUUAACUCGCAUGCCAUAUUUAAGAUACUAUGGGUUUCCGAUAGUUUCCUCUCAAUUGUUAUAUUAGUUUUAACUGUAGAAACUUCAUUAUGCAUCGCGAUGUUAUAAUUUAAUGCAAAGUAAGUAUAUGUAUUACUUUAACACCAUGUCUUAGCUAAUAAUAACAGUACCUACUGCUUACCUCAUUUGUUAAGGCAGAGUUCUGGAAUCAAUAUUAACAUCGAACAAAGAAAGAGAUUACACAUGACUGUAAAUAUUCCUCAUUACACAAUAGACCAUCUAUUGACAAUA